CGAAUUUUUACUAAAUAUUUAAGUAUCUUUCAAUUAAUCGCGUAAAUUUUGGACAUUUGACAACGUAGCUUAUAAACGUCAAGAACGUCAUAACAUGACAUUAGAAACGUCAACCCGUGUUGUUUGGUUUUGCGGUUUUGACUUUUAAGACGUGAUGGUGACGGGUAAAGGAGGUUCCUUUUCCUUCGCGUAGAAUUCUCGUAGAAAUUCUCCAUUUGGUCGAGCAAAAUUCCGAGUUUUCCGUCGAAAUGAAAUUCGCUUCGUGAUCAAUCCCAAUAGUUUCUAAUCGCUCGUGAAAAUACCUAGUGUUCGUUUUAACCUAGCACUUUUUCGGAAUCCACGGACAUUAUCGUUCGAUUUUAACAUUGUUUGAAGAAUCUAUUUUUACGUACGAUUUGUCUACCGUUAUAUUUAUCGGAUUUUCCUGCUUGCCAAUUAUUUAUCAUUUCGAUAUACCGAUAGAGGAACGAUGAAAACACAUUGAUUCGUCAAUUUCAACUAUUUCAAGUUGAUAUGGGUAAAUUUACCGGCAAAAAAUGCCGUCUUCUGUCGAUGCUAUGGAUGACCACCUUCUUUUUCUUCGUCGAAAUCGUCGUAGGAUACAUAACAAAUUCCAUGGCCUUAGUAGCAGACAGUUUUCACAUGCUCAGCGAUGUAGCAGCCUUAGUUGUAGCAUUUUUGUCCGUUAAAAUGUCGCCCAAGAAAUGGUCGAAAAACACGUUCGGCUGGGCCAGGGCCGAAGUUUUGGGCGCCCUCGUCAACGCCGUGUUUCUGGUCGCUCUUUGCUUCUCGAUCACCGUCGAAGCGUGCAAGAGGUUCAUCGAAAUGGAGACCAUACACGAUCCCCAGCUGCUGGUCGCCGUCGGCGGCAUCGGCCUCCUGGUGAACUUGGUCGGAUUACUCCUGUUCCACGAACAUGGCAGUUCUCACGGCCAUUCGCACGGCCGUUUGUCCCACAGCAGGAACAGAUUGACGCAAUUGGCGAUCACCGAUGAUAACGAAAACGACGAAACGUUUCCCAGUCCUCCCCCGGCCCAGAAGGAAGCCAAGAAAGUGGAGCCCAGCCAUUCUGCGGGUCAGAUGAACAUGCGGGGCGUCUUUUUGCACGUGCUCUCCGACGCCUUGGGGUCCGUCAUCGUCAUCGUUUCCGCUCUGGUAUUUUGGCUGACCGAUUGGAAAUACAAGUACUACAUCGAUCCGGCCCUGAGCAUCCUCCUGGUCCUGUUGAUCCUCAACUCGGUGUGGCCCCUUUUGCGCGACUCGGCGUUGAUUCUGCUGCAGACGGUGCCCACCCACAUCCAGGUCGACGCCAUACAGAACAAGCUGCUGGCGAAAGUGGACGGCGUCCUCGCCGUGCACGAGUUCCACGUGUGGCAAUUGGCCGGCGACAGGAUCAUCGCUUCGGCUCACAUACGGUGUAGAAACCUAUCGGAGUACAUGAAAAUAGCGGAAAAGGUGAAGGAGUUUUUCCACAACGAAGGAAUCCAUUCUACGACAAUCCAACCCGAAUUCAUCGAUUACUCGGACAUACCGACCACCUCCAAGGAGCAGGCCGAUCUAUCGGAAGAUUGCGUAUUAGAUUGCCCCAAAGGCAGUAACAUAGACAAUUGCGUGAGGAACACCUGCUGCGGACCUUCCAAACAAUACAUGAAGUAUUUGCGGCAGCAGGAAGAGCGCGCGAAGGCGGCGAAGGAGGCCAAGGCGAAGAUGAAGGAGUCGAAGCGGCUGGCCAAAGAGCUGAAGGCCAAGGCGAAGAUGAGCAGGCGAAAGGGGGCGAGUUUGUCGGGGAAAGAGUUGAACGAGGCCAGCGAAUUGAUGGAAAAGGGCCAGGCGAUAGCGGGCGAUGGAAACGUCGCGGAGCUGAACGCGACGAUAGCGAAAAUUGAGGUGUCGGAAGAGAAAGGAUGACGAUGGGGCGGUUUAUUAUAUAUAUUUUUUUCGGUUUUUUGCGGUUCCUGCGGGAUAGGAACGUAACAAUUUCCCCCUUCGUGAAAUUUCCCCCAAAAAAAUUUAAUGUGACUGACUAAAAUCGGAUCAAAUUUAGGGUAGGGAGUCGCCGUCUCCCGGCAACACCCCGUACGUAUGCAGACAAAGGAAUUCCGCCAAUAAUUUGAACGGUAAUAACGAGGAAAUGAACGAAAUGGAAAAGGGCGUUCUUCUAGAAAAAUCUACUACUUUACAAACGGACUGUGAUUGCACCCUGAGAGGCUCCCAAUGCACAUUUAGGGGUUAAUUUCAUUACAUUAGGCUAUAUAAUAUGCAAUAUAUGUAUUUUUAAAAUGGAGAUUCUAAAAAUGUACGCCAUUGAUUUGCUAAGCGGACGUUUACGUGUAGAUAUUUUUUUUAGAUUUGACAGUUUUUUUUGUGACGUUUCGUUUGGUGGAAAAAGUGUUGCCAACUUAAAUAAAUCACUACAAAAGUAACUAAAUUUUAUGACUAUCGUUUUGAUCACUCAAUGUGGGUGACUAUAAAAUAAGUUAUUAUAAUAAUACAAAACGAAGGAAACGAAGGGAAAAACUUAGAAACGGAUACAAUUAAUUUAAUAGACAGUGCAAAGUAUAUUAUUAUACUUGGAGAUUUGCAAAAUGCAAUUAAAUAACUGCAAUAAACUUAAAUGUACUUUAAGAAAAAUAAAUUCGCAUCAAACUGAUUGUGGUACUAUUGUUAAUAUAUUUACACCGUAAAUGAUUGUUGUUGAUAUUAUUGUAAAUUCGAAAUAUUGUGCAAAC